AUGGCGUUCCCGUACCCAGUACACACGCGCGUGACGGCGCGCAAUGUCGACAAGAUCCAACUCGAACGCCGACGACAGGAGUCGGAGCACAACGCGCUGCACAAAUUCGCACAGGGAAACCAGUUGCAGACACUGCAGAACCAGUCAGACGCCACUGAGUCGCAUGCUCGGAAGAUUAGUGAGCGGCAACGCGCCACUCGAGAGCGUCAGCAGAACGAGGCGCUUGCCCACGCACUCGAAACCAGCAAAAAGGCCCAGGAGCAGCAAGAGCGAGACGUGCAGCGCAUCUGUGAAGCCAGCGAGGAACUGCGCGAACUCGAGUCGUUCCUCCGUACGGCCUACAUGAACAAGGAGCGGGCCACGCAGCAGCUUGAGCGUGAGACGCUGACCGCUUUGGAUCGUCAACGUGAAGCUGCGAUAGACCACCAAAUGGAGUACGAUCGUCAACGCGCUCUCGUGGAUAUGCAGAACCAUGAGUUGAGGAAGCGCGUCGAGGCCGAACAGGGUAAACAAGUGCUCCAGUCGCAAAUGCUGCAGCGCCAGGAGCUCCGCCGUGAAGCGCAACUUGACGCAGACUUUGAACGCCUCAAGAUCGAGCAGCUCAUGGAGCAGGUGGAACAGGAAGAUGCGGCCGAGCUCGCGCGUAGAGAAAAAGCUCGUGAUCAGACCCGUGAGAUGAUCGAGCAAACGCAUCGGGAGCGCGAAAGGGCGAAGCAGGAGCAAGUUGAAGCUGUUCGACGGGAGGACGAGGCUAUCGCAGAUUACCAGCGACAGGUGCAGGCACGCGAGGCGGGCAUUAAGGCGGCGUCGGACGUCAAGAAGGCGCAGGAAGACGCCAUGUUCCGCGCCGUCGAGGCCGAGAUCCAGGCCAAAAUGCGCGAGGAAGAAGAAAUCGAACGUCUGCGUGACGAACUCUGGGAAGAGGAACUGCUCCAGAAGAAGCGUGCGCAGGAGGAGGAGAGGAUUGCCGCCAAGCAGCAGGCCAAGGAGGACAUGAUGCGCAGCAACGAUAUGCAGAUGCAGCUGAAGCAGGAACUGCUGGCCCGCCAACGCGCCGACGAAGAGGCCUUCAACGAGAUGCUCAGGGAAAGGUUCCGGUCCGAGGAACGACGCGAGAUGGAGCUGGCCGCUUUCCGCCGAAAGCAGCGCGAACAGUUCGUCGAGGAGAUCGCACGGCACCGCGCACUCAAGCAGGAGAUGGUGUACGCCGAGCUGCAGCGCGAACGUCGCGAGCGGGAACGCCAGGAACAGGACGAGAACUACAGACGCCAGGUGGUGGAGGCAGCCAAACAGCGACUACUGCGCGAGCACGCCGAGGUGUUGCAAGGGUAUCUGCCGAGAGCUCUGCGACCUUCUUCAUCGUCUUCUUCCAAUGGUGCGAUCUUCCGUUAA